GAACAACUUUCCAGCCCAACAGCAACUCUUCUGUAAAUCCAGAUCAUCUGAACUACUUCCGUUUCGCUGGCCAGAUCCUGGGACUAGCUCUUAAUCACAGGCAGCUGGUGAACAUCUACUUCACAAGGUCAUUCUACAAGCAUAUUCUUGGUAUACCUGUAAAUUAUCAGGAUGUAGCAUCUAUUGAUCCAGAGUAUGCAAAGAACUUGCAGUGGAUUUUAGAUAAUGAUAUCAGUGAUCUGGGUUUGGAGCUGACCUUCUCUGUUGAGACUGAUGUCUUUGGUGCAAUGGAAGAAGUGCCAUUGAAGCCAGGGGGUGCAAGUAUACUUGUUACACAGGAAAACAAGGCUGAGUAUGUCCAGCUUGUCACAGAACUUAGAAUGACAAGGGCCAUUCAGCCUCAGAUAAAUGCCUUUUUACAAGGCUUCCAUAUGUUCAUUCCACCAUCUUUGAUCCAGCUUUUUGAUGAAUAUGAACUGGAGCUUUUGUUGUCUGGUAUGCCAGAAAUUGAUGUGAAUGAUUGGUUAAAAAAUACAGAGUACACCAGUGGCUAUGAGAGAGGAGACCAAGUUAUUCAGUGGUUCUGGGAUGUUGUGGAAGAACUAACUCAGGAAGAGAGAGUAUUACUGUUACAGUUUGUUACUGGCAGUUCCAGGGUGCCUCAUGGUGGCUUUGCCCAUAUAAUGGGUGGCAGUGGAUUGCAAAAUUUUACAAUUGCUGCUGUGCCGUAUACUGCAAAUCUUUUACCAACAUCAAGCACAUGUAUCAACAUGCUCAAGUUACCUGAAUACCCAAGUAAAGAGAUCCUCAAGGACAGGCUUCUUGUGGCAUUGCACUGUGGAAGCUAUGGGUACACCAUGGCAUAACCAAGUCUAGAGAACUCAUCUGACUACUGAUGUGCAAUUCAGAGUGGCAGGAAUAAUUUUGGAAACUGUCAGUAUAAGAACAAUGAGGUGCUGCAGCCCAGUGGAAGGGCUGAGCUUCAGAAUUCAUACAGGAUCAUCAGCUUUUUCCCCCAUU